GGUGGAGUCAUUAUUCCUAAACACUCGGUAAAUGAAACGACCAAUUAGUGAUAAUCACACGGCUUUUGAUAAUCAUCUAACUGCUGAUACAACUGCUCCAACAACUUCAAGAAGUUCAGAAAGUGCCAAGGAUUGCAGAAAACGAAAAGCUCUCCGUAUCCAAUAUCUUGCUGAAAGUGUACGAUUACGUGAACUCACUGUCAUAAAAAUGAAACGUGAUAUUGACAAAUUACUCGAGUUAUGUCAAUACAUAGAUCAAGGAGAAGUACCGGUGUCACUUUUGGAAAAGUGCGGAAUAUCAGUAUAGAAUACCAAAUAUUUAUCAAUGUUGUAUGCAUAUAAUUUACUAUCAUUCGCUCCUUAUUUCAUUUUGAUUAACUUAUAUUUUCCUCUGAUUAUAUAUUAUGUAUUUCUUCCAUGUAUUAGACGUUUUUAUGCUUUGAAUUGAACUUUCUUAGAACAUUAACAGCAGAGAUAUUCUUAGUCUCUAUUUUGUCACUGAUAAUAAUAAACUGACUAAUAUACAACUUAUAAAUAAAUAUAACAUUCCUCAUUUGAAGUUUUGCUUAAUUUAUUUUCGAGUUAUUUCAUUUUUACUGAGGAUUACAAAUUGUGUAUGAUGUAAGUUAAUAUUAUAAAUUAUUGUUUCGAAAUUUAAUAUUUUAUUAUGUACUACGAUUAUGUGCACAUCAUUUAUCGUUGUAUGACAUCUCUCAUUACAGAAUAAAUUUCAAUAUAAAUCUAUCAUUUCUG